AUGGCAGAAGAUUUAGCAAUAGCUACGGGCUCAUCCACCAACAAGCCUCCAUUCUUUGAUGGAACUGAGUAUCCUUGUUGGAAAACUCACAAGCAACUAUUCAUUGAAUCCACAAACUACAGGCUCUGGGACAUCAUUGAAAAUGGCAACAUCGUUCACAAAGAUGAUGCUGGAGAACCAAUAAAGAAGGAUCAACUGACAGAAGCACAACACAAGGAUUAUCAACUUAAUGCUAGAGCUAAGUUAUUCCUAUUAUGUGCUUUAAGCAAAUCUCAGUUGGAUAAGGUUGAUGGCUUAGCAACGGCCAAAGAAGUCUGGGAAGCUCUAGGGUUGGCAUAUGAAGGUACGGCAAAUGUCAGACAAGCCAAAGUAAGUCUACUUGUGGCUGAAUAUGAAACCUUCAAGAUUAAGGAAAGUGAAAGCAUUGAUGACAUGUUUGGAAGAUUCCAAACCAUUGUCAAUGGGCUUAGGAAUCUUGAUCGCAAGUAUGAAAAUGUUGAUCAAAUCACAAAGAUUCUAAGAUGCCUUCCCAGAAGAUGGAGACCUAAAGUCACAGCCAUUCAAGAAGCUAAAGAUCUCAGCACCUUGAGAUUGGAAGAUCUUUUGGGAUCCCUAAAGGUCCAUGAGAUAGAGUUGGCUCACGACGAAGGACAAAAGAAGCAAAAGAAUAUUGCCUUCAAAGCAAACAGUUCAAAGGCUGUCCAAACAAAAGAACAAUCUGAAGAAGAAGAAUCCUCAGAAGAAAUGUCAGACAAUGAACAAGCCCUCUUCAACAGAAAGUUCAAGCGUAUGUGGAUCAAACAACAGAAGGGAAAAGGUACUUCAAGGAAGGACAACAAAAGAGAUUCAAGCUUGAAGAAGAAACCGUUCACUCACAAAAGUGAAGGUGGCUCAACCUUGGACAAAAGCAACAUCACCUGCUUCGAGUGCAAGAAGCCAGGACACAUCAAGCCUGACUGUCCAAAACUUGCAAAGAAAUCAGGCAAGAAGCCCUUCUACAAGAAAAAGAAAGCACUAGCUGCUGGAUUGAAGUUUGAUUUAAAUUGCUAA